AUGUCGGCGUCACCUAUUGCAAGACAAGCCACCAACUGCCAGGCUAUCCCUUCGAGGAGGGUCCUCAUCACUGACCCCUCACAGAUGCCCGAUGUGUACUCCAGCACUCCAGGAGGCACUGUAUACUCCACCACACCUGGAGGUACGAGGAUAGUGUACGAGAGGUCAUUCAUGAUGUCGCUACGGCAAUCACCGAUCUCGCAAACCCCACCUAAGUGCCCAUUACCGGCCGCUCUCUUGAAGAACCCCAACUCCGUCCCGAAUGUCAUACAACCGACUGCAGCGCAGAAAGCGCGGUCCAACUCAAUCUCAUUCGACGAGUCGCAGGAAACAUUCAGUAUGGAUCUCUAA